AUGAAGCCUGCUGAGAAGUGCAAAAAGCUUCCGAGAUUGGCCAAGAAAAAGCUGAUCGUCCUGACAACUUUGGGCGUCUCCCUCACGGCACUCGCGACAAUUUGCUUCGUGAUGGACCCGGUCUAUCUAAUAGCUAAAUAUCAAAUGCGGGUUGCACCAGGCUUCCAGCUCUAUGAUAUACUGCGGGGGGAGAUAGACGGUGCCUACGUUUCGGCCUACCUGUUCAACGUGACAAAUGCCAGGGAGUUCAUCAGCGGUGAAGACCGUCAGCUCAAAGUGCAGGAGUUUGGGCCAUUCACUUAUCAAGAGAAACGAUUGAAUAAGAAUUUCGAGGUGGACGAAGAGGCGCAAGAACUUUACUAUCAACCUUACGUCACCGCGACAUUCCUACCGGAGAUUUCCAUCGCUGAUCCUGCGCAUGUCAACAUCACUAUUCCAAACACAGCCCUACUAGCAAUAGCAACCGCAAUAUCUACUAAUACGUUUUGGAGCCAGCUGGGUUUGAAUCUUCUUACGACGAAGUUCAACUCGAAGGCGGUACUGACUUUGCCCGUCAAGGACUACCUCUGGGGCUACGAAGAACCGCUCCUGGCAUUUGGCAACGCCAUCAUGCCCGGCUGGAUUAACUUCAGGCGUCUUGGUCUCAUGGACAGGCUUUACGACAACACACGAGACUACAGGAUAGAGCUGGAUCUGAGAGAGGAGACCAAAUUCCAAAUAAAACGGGUUAACGGAGGCGGUGGACUGCCGUACUGGGGCUAUGAGGAUUCUACCAAGCGUACUCGGUGCAACACUUUCGUGGACACCUACGAAGGCUUCUCCUACCCGCCGGGGCUGUCGCCGGAAAAACCGAUCAGACUAUUCCGCAACGUCUUCUGCAGGAUCAUAGAGUUGGAGUAUGUCGGCAUUACAGAGUUGGACUACGGCCCCGAGGCGUACCUUUACAAAAUUGGCAAUCACACCUACUGCAAGAACCCCGAUACGGAGUGCUUAUGCAGCCGCUUGGGCUGUGUCGACGGGCUGUCCGAUCUCUCCCCUUGCUUUUACGGUCUACCAGUGAUGAUGUCGAACGCCCACUUCUACGGCGCCGACCCUAAGCUGUACGAGCGUAUCGACGGAAUAGCUCCUGAGGAGGGGAAGCACGGCAGCGCCUUCUUGAUAGAACCGAAACUGGGAACAGAGCUGUUUACUUCGAUGACCUUCCAACUCAACGUUCCGGUGCCUGACGUGGGCUUCAACCCGCCGGCCAGGCCUUUCUCGAACAUGACCGUACCCAUUGCAUACUUCAAAGUGAUCCAGCCAGAGCUUAAAGAUGACGUGAAGAGAGUCUUCUGGCUCGUUUACGUGGCGGGUCCUUACGUGAUGCUCGCUUUGGAAGUGGCACUUUUGGCUGUCGGCCUCGUUCUACUAUCCGUUGUUUUGCGCACCGUCUUCUUGAACUGUCUCAUAGGUAACGGGCAGAUGACCUUCCAGGCUGCGACGCCCGCGAACAAACUGUGCAGCGAAUCGCCCUUAAUUAGUGACAAACAUUUGCAAGAAGCGCCGAAA